AUGACUCUCCGCGCUCGCGGAUUCAAGCCUACCGAGGCCGACAUCCAGUUCAAGGUCGCUCAACAGAAGGCGGCGGUCGAGCGGAUGUGGAUGAUCAUUGCAUCCAUCCUCGCAUUCCUUUUCGUCGUCCGUCUCCUCCGCCUCACUUUCUCGCUCCUCUUCCUCCGACGCCCCGCCCCGACUGGAGAGUUCGACUCGACCGUCGAAAAGCUGGAGAAGGGUUCGUCUCCGGAAUUGGUCCUCCCCGGGCGGACUGGCAAGGCUUCAUGGCGGCGCAUCCCCGCGGCCAUUGCAUCCGGCUUCAGAAUCAUCGCCUUCCGUGUGCAGGUUCCGCUCGGCGUCGGAGGGGCGUCUUUUGCGGAGCUGUUCUUCAUCCUCGGUUACAUAGCAACCAUGCUUGCGCUCACGUUCACGAACACCAUGGAUGCGAGCUAUUGGUUCUUCGAGGACCGUGGCGCGCAUCUCGCGUCCUGUCAGCUCCCGUUCAUUGUCGCACUGGCUGGAAAAAAUAACCUCAUCUCUCUAAUAACUGGCAUCGGACACGAAAAGUUGAACAUACUUCAUCGCGCAGCCGCCAGGACUUGCCUCAUUCUCCUCUGGGUGCACGCUCUCAGUCGAGCCAUCUCGGGCCUGCCCCCGUCUCACGAUUUUAGCCAUGGGUGGAUGCGCUGGGGCGCUGUGGGCUUGACGGCAUUCACUCUGUUGACAGUCCUGUCGGUCCGCUUCAUCCGAAACGCGCUAUUUGAGUUCUUCCUACUGUCCCACAUCGCUCUUGUAGGAAUCUUCAUCGUUGGCGGUUAUCUUCAUGCACGGGCAGUCGACUACGGCGAUUACUUCUGGCCCGCGUUGGUCGUAUGGGCCUUCGACCGCGUCCUGCGCACUGCUCGGCUAAUCUGGAACAACAGAGGCCGGGGUGGCACGCGGCACGGGUAUGGCUCCGCAACCGUCGAGCUUGUUUCCUCGGACACGAUCCGCAUGACUCUCCGUCGCAAGAUGAACUGGCGUCCGGGCCAGCACGCCUAUGUCAUCCUGCCCACCGUCAGCGGGAUGCCGAGCGAGGCACACCCCUUCACAAUCGCGAGCAUCCCCCAGUCGCUGCACGGCAACGAUGGCAAUGUAGAGAAGGACGUGGUGUUCCUUAUCCGCGGCCGGACGGGCUUCACGGGUCGUCUUCGGGAGUUUGCGUCCAGGAAUGGCGUCUGUCGCGUGCCGGCGUUCGUCGAUGGGCCUUAUGGGUGCCCGCCGGAUCUGACGAAGUUCUCGACGUGCAUCCUUAUCGCUGGUGGUUCUGGCGUGUCUUACACUCUGCCGCUCCUAUUGGACCUUGUGCGCCGCGCGCGACAUGGGAACACGCACGUCCGCCGCGUGAUCUUCAUAUGGGCCGUCCGCGAGUCAGACCACCUCAGCUGGAUCUCCAAGAGUCUGUGCGAGGCCUCGGCUGCCGCGCGAUCGACAUCGCUCGCGGUGGAGCCGACGGUGUACAUCACGGGACCCACUUGUACCAUCCCGCAGAUACCGGGUACCGCAUACGAUGGCUCGUCCACCAACUCGGAAACUGGGGAGGUGGUCGACAAGGAGCUUCCUGUUUACUCCUCACUUAAGAUCAUCCACGGGAAACCCAGUAUCCGCCGGAUCCUCCAGGAGGGCGUCGAUGGCUCCUCGGGCCCCGUCUCGGUCGAUGGUGCGUGCUCCCUGUCUGGCCAUUGUCGGGGGACGUUGUUCGCUAAAACAAGCUUUUUCUGCAGUAUCUGGUCCUACGUCUCUCACAACGUCGGUGUCUCGCGCACUGGCUUCUAA